GCCGCCUUCUUUCAAAGCGCCUGUGGUGCAGGCACAGUAAGUUACAGUACAGUAAGUUAACUAAUGUUAAGUUAGUGAAUCUAGUCCGGGGUCGGUCAUCGGCGAAACCUGCCGGCCCGGGACUUUGCUGCUGCUGCGGCUGGGAAAUCUUUCGGGCAGUCCAGCCCAAACCCGAUUGACCACCCCCAUCGAACUACUGUUCCCCCCCCCAGUUCAGGGCAUUACAGUCACAAUGAUUCAACUUAAGACGAUGCUGAACUGCAUCGACAACUCGGGCGCCGCCGUGGUCGAGUGUGUCCAGGUCUUGAAGAAGAAGCGCCCCGCCACUGUUGGCGACCGCAUCGUUGUGGUCGUUCAGAAGCAGCGUAACUUCGGCUCCGACUCGACAGGAAAUUCCGGUAUCGCGAACAAGGUCCGUCGUGGUGAUAUCCGUCACGCCGUCGUCGUCCGCGCCAGGAAGGAAAUGCAGCGCCCCGAUGGUUCGAUCGUCCGCUUCGAUGACAACGCAUGUGUCCUGAUCAACAAGGCUGGCGAGCCCAUCGGAACCAGAAUGAACGGCGUCGUGGCUACGGAAUUACGAGGAAGACAGUGGUCGAAGAUUUUGUCAUUGGCGCCCAUGCAUGUAUAAAUUAUACCUCCCGAAAGCGAAUUGUUCUUUUUCACUUUGAAUAGCUUGUACCAAUAAACGGUUUGCAUCUCUUUCUAUUAAGAUCUUCGCAGCUUUUUUGUUCCCCAAGCAUCGCCAUAACUCCACAGCAAAUAGCAAGAAAAGAGACCAACAUCGGGUAUCAGGUCGUCAGAAAUAGACAC